AAACGCUCCAAGUUUAUCAGGGCCGCCGUUACCUUGCCUGUCCAAGCCACUCCUUCCAGCACCUUCCACACACGGAGAGAGCGAGCGAGAAAGAGACCGGUUCCCGUUUCCGGGGCAAUAUUUAUUUCCGGGGCUACCGGAAGCUACCGGCACGUGACCCUACGCAUCCUCUGGUUGCUGACGGCUUCCAGCCCGGGGUUCGCCUUCAGCGGAAACUCGGGGCCCGUGCCAUGGCGUCCGGCGCACAGACGGUGGCUAUGGUCUCCUGCAUCGUGCUCUGUUGCUCCGUCCUUUUCCCCAAAGUCUUCGUUUCCCGAAUGACAAAGGACAAGCAGCCGCCGGAGGUAAUGAAGAAAAUAAUGCUCUAAAGAGUGACAACUCACCAGAACUAGAUGACUUCCAAUCCAGGGAUUUGGAGGAACUAACCUCGAUCGAUUUUCUCCCAUGAUGCAGCGCCCAAUGGUCUCACAACACAAGCAGCAAUGGUCAGCACAUCCUCAUUUUCCUGGGUCCCACCAGGCGGAAUCAGUCACCAAGGCAAAGGGUGGAAGUAGUGGAGGUGGCAACAAAAGCAUCAUGACCCAGAUAAUACCUGUGUAUGGAUUUGGAUUAUUUAUGUAUGUUCUGUACAUCCUCUUCAAGAUCUCAUCCAAAGGUAGCACCUCUAGUCCCAAAGUAAGGGAGAAAUGUACAGGUUCAAGACCUGGGAACAUGAAGCGGAAAAUUACUGAUUACGAGUUGGCUCAGCUUCAAGAAAAGCUGAAAGAGACUGAAGUGGCCAUGGAGAAAUUGGUAUUGAAAAUGGGAAGUGAAUCAGACAAGAUUACCAAAGUUACCACUGAACAGGAAGAAAAGUUACUGAGACAUCUGAAGGAAAUCACCAGGGUCAUUAAAAAGGGGAAACUCAUUGAAGGCAUCAGCCCUGAGAAAGAGGCAGAGGAAUCCCCAUACAUGGAGGAUUGGGAAGGUUAUCCUGAGGAAACAUACCCGAAUUACAGUGAAUCUGAAUGCUGCUGUCCGUGUGACACCUACCCCAAUUAUUCUGAGUCUAGUGAGCUUUCUGCAGAGGAGUUGGCAGAAAGAAUAGCCACAAUAGAAGAUGACUGUUCCUCAAGGGAAACAAUGGAAGAUAAAAUUAGACAAAACAAAAAAUAUCAAGUAUCAGACCAUCAGCAAAGCACACAGAUUGGUAUGAGUAGCCAUAAUGACAGUAUUGAAGCAGAAGACCUCCAGUGUGAAGACUGCGAGUAUUUUGACCACGAAAGUGAUGACCCAGCUAUUAUAGCAGAGAAUUUUGACAUCAGCUUUGAGAAACUCAGUGAUGAUGAUGACCAAGUCAGAGAUGAAUCUAAUGUGGACAUUCCUGUCAGUGAACAGCAGCAGAAAAUCACAUACGAAGAUAAAGGUGUACUGCGAAAGCGCAACAAGAUGGUGAUAGAGUAA